AUGAAAAUGGCGGCUAGUCAGGGAGGUGUGGGUCCUGCUGCGGCUCUUCAGAGCCAGCACUAUUUUAAUGUUGUUCACUGGAACCCGGGCGUGCUGCAACAGCAGCAGCAGCAGCAUCCGCUGCACACAGCCCGCAGUUUGGAGCGCGCUCUGGAGGACGCCGUCUGCUCCGGGAUGCUCAACAUCAGCGGCAGAAAAUUGCGCGAGUUCCCGGGGCUGAACUACGAUCUGACCGAUACUACACAAGCAGACUUGUCAAGAAACCGUUUCUGUGAAAUGCCCCCAGAACUCUGUAUGUUUGCACCGCUGGAGUCAUUAAACCUCUACCACAACUGCAUAAAAGUCAUUCCAGAGGCCAUUAUCAACUUACAGAUGCUCACCUACCUGAACAUCAGUCGAAAUCAACUAUCUGUGCUCCCAAAGUAUCUCUUCAAUCUUCCCCUGAAAGUCCUGGUGGUGAACAACAAUAAACUCCUGUCUGUUCCUGAAGAGAUCGGCAAAGCCAAAGACAUUAUGGAGCUGGACAUCAGCUGUAAUGAGAUCCAGGUGCUUCCUACACAGAUGGGGAAACUCCUUGCAUUACGAGAACUCAACAUACGAAGAAACUACCUUCAAGUGCUACCAGACGAGUUGUCUGACCUGCCGUUGAUUAGGUUGGAUUUCUCUUGUAAUAAGAUUACUGAGAUUCCCCCAUCUUACCGCAAACUCAAGCAGUUACAACACAUUGUUCUUGACAACAACCCCAUGCAGUUUCCUCCAGCGCAGAUCUGUUUAAAGGGGAAGAUUCACAUCUUCAAGUAUUUAAACCUGCAGGCAUGUCUCCUGGAUAAAAAAACAGACACUCUUGACAUGCCCUUGCUGGGAAAACGAUGCUUACCACAGCAACUGACAGACAGUAUGGAAGAUUUCUAUCCCAGUAAAAACCAUGGCCCUGACUCAGGUAUUGGCAGUGACAAUGGUGACAAAAGGCUGUCGACUACAGAGCCAUCUGAUGAUGACACAGUUAGUCUCCACUCUCAAGUAUCUGAGACAGCACGGGCUGAUGCACACAUACUUCUCACAAAGUUGGACUCAAACAAAGAUCAGGACCUAUACGACUUUAUUGAUCCAAAUCCAGAUGAAGAGGCUACACUUUCUGAGGGAGAUAUACAACACAAUGCACCCUUUGUGUCUUGUAUAAAGGAGCUGGAGAGGGUUUUAAAAACACACCAAAGCAAAGACAAAGAGAACUGUAAAGAGGAGUCUGGGUCAGAGAAAGAGCAGUUAGCUGAAGAGGAGGAAGUGUUGGAUCUGAGGAAGAUCGCAGUACAGCUGCUACAGCAAGAGCAACAGAACAGGAGGCGGUCCCUAAUUUGCAGGGCAGAGAGUCUAAUACACCGUAGAAGAGCAGCAGGGAGAGCUCACAGAUUUCUUAGCCACUCAGGAAGCAGCAGCAAACAGAGAUCUCCAUCUCAGACUGGUAGAAGUGCAUCACUAGAUGAGGGAAGCAGCUCAGCCUCUGCUCUUAGUGGACAGGAGACUGAUCUCACUGAUGAAGAUGCAGCUUUCACUGAGCCAUCUUCCUCUUGCUCGUUUGAUGGAUGUUUGAAAUCAGAAAGCAGUGAAUCAGAACCAAGAUGGCCAGAGGUUCCUCCUGUACUCAACCAAAAUGAGGAUCGCAGAAGAAACAAGUACCUGAGGAAAGACUACCUGAAGUACAAGUGCCAAAGUGCUCGAAGAAACUCCAGUGGCCAUGGCAAUGGUUGUGAGGAGGGAAUGUGUUCUAAUGAUUUCAUCACAACCCUCACAGUUUUUGGCCUGAAACCUAGAUCAGCCUUCCCCAGUGGCAGUCGUCAAGACUUCUGCUCCACAGACCCAAGCUUCACCAUGAGGAGAAAGAUGGAGCACCUCAGGGAAGAGAUGGAACAGAUCGGACUCCUGCGGCAGAACCUCGAGUCCAGGUUAAAGUUUUUAUUGCCCGAUGAUGUGGGUGCUGCUUUAAUGGAUGGUGUUGUUUUAUGUCAUCUGGCCAAUCACAUUCGUCCCCGUUCAGUGACCAGCAUUCAUGUGCCCUCCCCUGCAGUGCCAAAGCUGAGCAUGGCUAAGUGCCGGCGGAAUGUUGAGAAUUUCUUGGAUGCAUGUAAAAAACUUGGAGUGCCACAGGAAAAAUUGUGUUUGCCACAUCACAUCCUGGAGGAGCGAGGUCUGGUGAAAGUUGGUGUCACUGUACAGGCAUUGCUGGAUCUUCCAUCAAUAAAACCCAACCAUCUUUCCACCAUGUAGCAUUGCUGGAUCAUGGGAUGACCGCUAGCAUCCGUUUAUCCUGCCUAACCAACUCAUAUUCAUGUCCUCCACCCCAGAUCAUUUCUUAAUACUUUUAUGUGGAGGUCAUGACCCUUCAUUUAACUACGGCGAUAAGGCCAGCUUCCCCCUACCUCUUAUAACCCCUUAUAAAGUGUCCUAGACAUUUUAAAGCUUACUCGGGAGGAAUUUGGAAGUUUAAGCCACAUAUUUCAUUCUGAGAGGAGACAGGUAAGCAGACCAAAACCGAAGAGGGGUACAGACCCUAUUAAGGCAAGCUUAAUGCAGUAGACUACAAUAGUAAUGAAUUCACCUUUUCUUGGAUAAAUGCUAAAUAUCUGUUUCUAUUCCAUGAGGGAUGUACACCUUCUUUUUUUAUCUCCUCAUCUCUCUCAUUGUCUCUCUUCUCUUGGACCGGUGAGCCCUACGGGUGAGGACAUGAGAAAAGUACACAGCUGUCUGGCUGAUUAUGGACCAGAGGGAAGGUGUUACUUAAACACCAGACCAACCUUUCACCUGUAUGAAGCCACUAAGAGCUGUCAAUCAACUGCAACGUUUGUCAUGUCCCAUUCUGUCACUCCCUUGCUGUGUGAGAAAAAAAUAAAAGGGCAUAAGCAUGUGCAUGUAAUCAGAACCAGACCAGCACAGACUGGACCUGACAGAUGAAAAUGUGUUGACAUAAACAAUGUGUCACUAACAAACACGGUUGAUACACUUGGGUAAGGUGAGUCAGUGCUGUGGCAGCGGGCUCUGCAUUAUGCAUUAUAAUGGGCGGUUGUGUUUGAACAGUGAAUACUCACCUCUCACAUGCCUGUUCUAGUCGAAGACUUAAAUAUAUUGUUUUACUGUGCCUGUGUUUGCCAGUGUUUAUUGUUUUCAUUAUUGCUUUUAUUUCCAUGGGGUUUUAAUUAAUACUUCAGUUCUUGUGUAAAAUCUGUGCCUGCUUCAGCAAUUUACAGCAUCAAUUGGACAUGUUUUGCACUUGUGCCCAUGUAAAUGCGGCGUGCACACAUAAUAUUAUUAUAUAUAUUAUAUAAUUUAUUGUGUGAUGUGCAGAAAUGCACUAAGCAUAUGUAAAUUAAAUGUUCCUGUGAAACAAUAUUUUUUCCAUACAGUUUCCAUACAGAGUCUUAUUUACUAUUUUCAUCAACCUAAGAAAUGCAAAGGUGAAAUUAAUAAUUUUGUCCAGUAGAAGUUGAAAAAGGCUUAAGUGUUUUAUGUAUUUCCCUCCAACAGACACAUGAAAAGCCAUCAUAACGUGUAUAUCUUUUGCAUUCAUCUUUACAGAACACUGAUUAAACAAAGUAACAGUAUUGCCUUUCUUCUCAGAUCAACUUCCCAUUUUUUGCCUUCCUCUCACUUUUAUCAGCCUGAUUUGCAUAUUUUAACAUGUUGGUUUUUGCAGGUUGGUUUAGGUAUCCACUCAUUCUAGUGAUAAAUUGAGUGUCUAAAGUGAUUUUGAACACUUUGUUUCCUUGGAGCCACUUUGGAACAAAACAAACUUUGACUGUUUGUGACUGUUGAAAAGAGCAUAAAUUGCAAUGAUGAACAGGCCAUUGUUUGAUCAAAUAUGUUUUCUUGAACAGACUAAUGAGCAAAUGUCAUUCUAUGAUGUAUGCUUUCCAAACAGCCACUGACAGAUGGAGCUUUUUGUGGAAAAAGCUUUAGAGGAACCAGGCUGUGAAUAAUGAGUGAUGCCCCACUCCCCUGUCAUACUCUAUAUGGAAUUGCAGAUUGCUUUUGGUGCAGUUCCAGAGCUUUGUGCUGGUUUGCUGGCAACUGUUACUUGGGCGUGUUACAUGAAACAAUCUAUGCCAAGAAUGUGACAGUUCCUUUUCAAUUCAUAACAAGAUAAAAUUGUAUUUUUAGUUCUCUUUUAGUUAUACUCGCAAUUAUUUUUAUUAUUUGAGAUAUAACGUGCAUGCCGAAUCAUCACUCGGACACUUCCAAGUAUGCUAUAAACUGCCAUUUUGUAGCACUUGCAAGUACCAAUUGUGUUGAAUUGUGAAAUAAAUAAUUCCCAGAACAUGAACUGCAAAAGAUUGUCAAUUUCUGAAACAUUCAAACAUUAGUGCACUAAAAUACUACAGAAGUACAGUAUCAGUGGUUCUUAACCACUAAAUUGGCAGGCACCUCCUCCCCUUUAUGAUUUAUUGGAUUCCUGUUCUAAAAACGGUAUUUCUUCAAUGACAGUAACAGUUGUUGAGGAGAAUAAUUAAUUGUCUUUUUGGUUUUCCAAGAUUGCACACUCCACAGUACAGGUCUACAUUGCAAUAACAGCAUCUAAGCAUGACCGUGCAAAAUCAUUGUAAGCAGGGAUUUCUUAAUACGAGUGAUAAAUGACAGUUUAUGUUGUAGACCAUCUUGAUUUUUUUCAGAUUUAGCAUUUUAAUUUUUUUAAUUAUUUUAAAGCUAAAUCAUGGAAUUACUCCACAUAUCGGAAUUGCUAAAUUUGCACUGUUGCAAACGGUUCCAAGUUUUGAGAGCUCAGGCAGUAUAUUGCAAAUUUGAUGAUUACAGUUUGUUGUUUCUACUGAAAAUGUGCGUACUGUGAUAACUGUUUUUGUGGCAUUUAAAAAUGUUUGACAGUAUGCUGUUUCUGUCACAGCCAUUCUUACUGUUUGUUACAAUAUUUAUGUUCUCCCUCCAUCAAACUCCAUCCUGGCUCUCACUAAUCAGCUCUUAUUCAUUUUUACGUUGAUGAGAAAAUGUUCAGUUUGUAAAAAGAUAAGUGUUGAUUCAAAUGUAAUGAAUAGACAAGAUGCACCUCCUAUGCAGUGCAUGCGUAUGUAUAGAUUUUUUGUAUGACAACUGAAACUGCAUGUCUGUAUCAAACCACCAUUCAUGUACAUAGUCCCUGUAUAAAAGCAUUAGGAUGUUUCUUAAAAAGGAAAACAAAACAUUUCAAAUGUUAAAAUAGUCGAAUAAAAUGACCUU